AUCUUGCACAAGUUUACCAACCGGAUAAAUACAGUAACUCCUUGGAAUAUAAAGGCUGUUCUCCAUUUCCUAACUCCUUGGAAUAUAAAGGCUGUUCUCCAUUUCCUAUUUCCAUUUGCCCCUUGAUUUCCAAAGAAAAUCUGAGGCAGAAACUCACCAGAGAUUUGUGCUUUUCGGACCUGAUAUUUUUGGAAGCCAACAGGCACUCUUUGAAAGCAGAAUAAGUUAUCAAGAUGAAUACUUUGAGGCAGCUACAAAAGAUGGUGCAUGACAUAAAGAAAAAUGAAGGUGGAAUAAUGAAUAAAUUCAAAAAGUUCCAAAAUGAACAAGUGGCCUUAAUUUGCAAAACUGGGAAAAAUACUUGGGAUCGGCUAAAACAUAAAGCACCGCCUAGUGUACCACAGAGGGAUUAUGCUUCAGAAAAUGUUGCUGAUGAAGAGGAACAGUGGUCAGAUGAUUUUGACAGUGAUUAUGAAAAUCCAGAUGAACACUCUGACUCAGAGACCUAUGUGGUCCCUGCCGAAGAGAACGCUGAUGAUAGCUAUGAGCCUCCACCAACAGAGCAGGAGAAGAGGAAACUUCCCCCCUCACUUAUGUUACCUUUGGGAGAAUAUGCAGACAACCGUUCUAACCAGAGGCCCCCAGCCCCACUCAACAAACCUCUCCGGAGCGGGCCGGCUCACGUGUUACCAACUUUGCCGGUACAAACCACUGCUCAGAAACCUCAAGUCCCACCGAAGCCAAAGGAAAGUUUGGAAGAUGAGGCCGACUACGUGGUUCCUGUUGAGGAUGAAGACGAAAAUUACAUUCAUCCUACAGAAAGCAGCUCGCCGCAACCUGCUCCUGUGGUGAACAGAUUUGUCAAACCUAACUCUACAAAGAUAACCUCAGCUCCUGUCACUGCUCCAGCACAAGAAGUGUAUGAAGUUCCAGAAUCCGAGGAAAAACCUUCCCUACCACCGAACAGGAUCGUAAAGCCGCUCCCGCCGAAGCCCAGCAUGGGAUCAGGAGGUUAUCCCUUCGGCAGCAAAAUUCGGGAGUCCCCUGUAUCCGCACCAGAAACAGCACCCAGACAUACUCUCCCCUUUCCUAGAAACCACCCUUCAAAACCUACGCAUCAUACUGAAAAAUGGGACAACAAUGACAUUCCCAGCAGCAGUGGAGGUCGAGAAUCCAAGUUUCCUUCAUCACCUGCUGCUCCGUCCCCAUUACCGAGGGCAGGAAAGAAAAUCAAUACUCAACCAAAGCCAACCCCAAUUUUACCUCAUCGAGACCUGCUAAGUGUGAAUGAAGAGAAGCCUGUUCCUGUGGAGCGCCGCCGUGGGUCGGGCCAACGACAGGAAUUCCUGCAUCCGACAGCGCCUUCCAUAGCCCCAAAACCAAUCCACCAGAAACCCAUUCCUCUGCCAAAGCCCCCAGAAGUGGCCAGUCGCACUUUGGAUGUCCCAUUGCACGGCUUUUCAACCAGCUUCAAUUUUCCAGAUCAGGAAGCCGGGGUUCAUAGCAGAACUUGGUAUGCUGGUUCCUGUGAUCGAAAAUCAGCAGAAGCUGCCUUAUACAGAUCCAAUAGGGAUGGAUCAUUUCUUAUAAGGAAGAGUUCUGGUCACAAUUCAAAACAACCAUAUACCUUAGUUGUAUUUUAUAACAAGAGAGUGUAUAAUAUCCCUGUACGAUUUAUUGAAUCAACUAAACAAUAUGCUUUGGGCAGAGAAAAAAACGGCGAAGAGCACUUUAGCAGUGUGGCUGAAAUCAUAGAGAAUCAUCAACACACACCCCUUGUUCUAAUCGACAGUCAGAGCAACACAAAAGACUCCACCAGACUGAAAUACGCUAUAACGGUUUCCUAAGGACAGAAAGAAGCCAAACAGAAGAGUAGUUGCUUUGAUGUUUAGCCCCAUCUUCCACUUUCCAGCAGUGCAACUUCAAAUGUUCCCACUUGCCACAUUUCGGGCAAAGAACCACCCAAGAAAAUGAGGAGCCGUCACCAUAAACUGUCAUCUGUUUCUUCUAAAAAGCUUGCAAGGAACUGUAAUUUGGUGCUGUUUCACUAUUUCAACUGAUACCGAGGAUUUGAUGUAGAAGAGUAUUUUUUUUUUAACAAAUGUUCAUAAGGGAAAAUCUUCUCUAGGCUAAGUUCUGGACAGAAAGAAACAAAUGCUCAAUUAAGAACUGACCUGCUACUGAUCCUUCUUACCUGAAAGAAAAUGCCCAGGAUUGAAACAGGGGUGCUGGAAAUCAAGGUUUUGCGAUGGUCCGGGGGAAUAAACAGCAUU